AUGGUGCCUUGUCAAACCCACGUGUUGCUGAAGUGGCAGGAGCACUUCAACAGUUCCUGGGCGGCGGAAGACAGCACGCAGACGUCCAGGAGGCGCGGGGCGGCCGCGCUCUACGACAAGCUGCUCUACAACAAGGAGGUGGUGACCCUGGCCCAGCCGGUGCAAGAACUGGCCGGCCCGAGGCUGCCCGACUUCGAGUGCGAGUCCAGCACGUCGGCCGAGAAGGAAGAGUACCUGUCGGCUCUGCUCCGCAGCCAGCGAUGGCUGGCUCACCGCAUGCUGACGCGGACCUCCUACACCCUGGGCCUCCACCAAAGACUGGUCGUUCUGCAGCGCAUCUACUAUGCACUCCACAGCAAGUAUCACGACAAGUUUCGCCUGCAGCUGUCCUCCCAGUCCGCAGACAGCGGGGCGGAGAGUGGGCCGCCGGAGCUGGCCUCGGAGCCCCGCCCGCCGGGGGGGGUCUCCAAACUCAAGUCGGGCACGGACGUUCUGAUCGAGAUGGGGGUCAGGACGGGUCUGAGUCUGCUCUUCUCGCUGCUGCAGCAGAACUGGAGGUACGCGGCCUCGGCGCACCCCGAGUCGGUGCUGUGCAACGACGUGCUCGCCACGGCGUCCUCCGUCCUGGCCUCCCUGCCGCCGCUCUCCCUGGCUAACGAGAGCAAAAUCCCGUCGGUGGGCUUGGACUGCCUCGGACAGGUGGCGGACUUUCUGAAGAAGACCUCGGCGAGCAGCGGGAGCAGCGGGGCGGACCCGACCGGUCGGAGGCUGGCGCUGGAGCUGCUGCUCGGCCUGGCCAUGCAGAGGGGCUCCCUGAAGUUUCUGCUGGAGUGGGUGGAGGUAGCUCUGGCAGCUUCCAUGCCCUCCUCCACAUCAAUCCUGUCUUCCUCCUCCUCCUCCUCCUCGCUGAGCUCUCAGCGGUCACCUGGCGUGGGCUUUGAACUUAUUCAGCAAACCCUUCUUCAGAUGAGGCAAUAUUCAGGUUUCCGUGGGGAUCCCACCAACACUCAGGUGCUAACGAAGGACGCAGAUGGACUUUGUCGACUCUCCCAGGCGGCUCUCUGCUUGUUUGAGGAGGUAUGUAAUCUGGCAUCGAACUGCCUGUGCUCCUGCAGCAUGGACGUGGCUGCCCCCGGUGCAGAGAGCGACGCGGUGAUGGUUUACGUCUGGGGCAGCAACAGCAGCCAUCAGCUGGCAGAGGGAACGCUGGAGAAAAUCCUGCUGCCGAAACUGACGCAGGGCUUCAGUGAUGCUCAGAUGAUCGAGGCGGGCCAGUACUGCACCUUCUCGGUGUCCGCCGACGGCUCGGUGAAAGCCUGUGGAAAAGGCAGCUAUGGCCGCCUGGGUCUGGGGGAUUCCAACAACCAGUCCAUGCCCAAGAAACUGGUGCUGGAGCCGCACAGGAGCAUGAAGAAAGUCUCAUCCUCCAAGGGCUCCGAUGGGCACACUCUGGCCAUCACUGUUGAGGGAGAGGUGUUCAGCUGGGGUGAUGGCGAAUAUGGGAAACUGGGCCAUGGCAACAGCACUACGCAGAAAUACCCCAAAAUCAUACAAGGGCCGCUGUCGGGGAAAGUCGUCGUGUGUGUGUCUGCCGGCUACAGACACAGUGCUGCCGUCACUAACGAUGGAGAGCUUUACACGUGGGGAGAGGGGGACUUUGGCAGACUUGGUCACAGUGAUAGCCAGAGUCGAAACCUACCCACACUUGUGAAGGACAUCAGCGGAGUGGGGCAGGUAACCUGUGGCAGCUCCCACACCAUUGCUGUGGCGCAGGAUGGACGCACCGUGUGGUCCUUCGGUGGCGGAGACAACGGUAAACUCGGUCAUGGAGACACGAAUCGAGUGUAUCGCCCAAAGGUCAUUGAAGGCCUUCACGGAUUUAUCAUCAGGAAAGUUUGUGCAGGCAGCCAGUCAUCUCUGGCCCUCACUUCUGCAGGACAGGUGUUCGCUUGGGGCUGCGGCUCAUGUUUAGGGUGCGGCUCCUCUGAGACCACCUCGUUAAGGCCGCGGUUCAUCGAAGACCUGGGUGUCACCAAGGUCAUUGACAUCUCCUGUGGGGACAGCCACUGUCUGGCUUUGUCUCAUGAGAACGAAGUGUACGCUUGGGGUAACAAUACGAUGGGCCAGUGUGGCCAGGGCCACACCUCUACGCCAAUAACCAAACCCAGAAAGGUGCUUGGCUUAGAGGGGGUCUCCAUUCAGCAAAUAACAGCCGGCACGUCUCACAGUCUUGCAUGGACGGCGGUUCCGACGGACAGGCAACUAGUGGCAUGGCAUAGACCCUUCUGUGUCGACCUGGAAGAGAGCACUUUCACCUACCUGCGCAACUUCCUAGAAACGUACUGCGACGGCAUCGGUAACGAUACGCCUCCUGCUCCGUUUCUAUCUAGAAGGGACCAUCAUCAUUUCCUUCUGCUGUGCAUGAAGCUGCUGUCUAUCCACUUGUCCUUGGCCCAUGCAGGCGGCACGGGGGCCAUGGUUCUAGGUGCUCAGGGCAGGCCCCUGAGAAAUCUCCUGUUCAGGCUCAUAGACACCAACAUACCAGAGUCCAUACAACAAGCAGUUUUAAACACCCUGUCCAUUGGUGCCUCCCUGCUGCUGCCUCCUCUCAGGGAACGAACUGAGCUGCUCCUCUCACUCCUUCCUCAAGGCCCCCAGAGUUUAAAUGUUCUCUCCAAAGGCCAGCGCCUGCAGUUAGACAUGGUCCUCAGCAGCCUUCAGGACCAGAGCCAUGUGGCCUCUCUGCUAGGUUACAGCAAUUUCGGUGAGGUGACGGGCUUUGGACCUCCACUAACGCCCGCCGCGUCGGCCCGGCCACCCUCCUCCUCCUCCAGCUCGGUCGAUGCCUACGACCCGCUUCACUUAGCAGAGGUCCUGCUCAGAACACUUCUGCUCAGCAUUGGCUUUUACACGGAGCAACAGUUUGGAGAACUGGAGAAAAACAGCGAUAAGCAGCUAUGCGGAGACGGCGAGGGACCGACCGAUCCUCCCUCUCAGUUCCACCAGCUGCUGUCGGGACUUCACAAACACCUGCUUGCCCACUGCUACAUUCAGUCCAGUCCUGAGGAUGACGGCAGUGUAACUCUGCUUCGGGAACACCUGUACCUGCUGCUUCCCUGCGCUGCUGAGACCCUCAAGAGGUCCACUAAGCUGUUGAAAAAGAGCUCCCCUGACAAACAAAUAAUCAAAAAGCUGCACACGGUGCUGUACAAUUCGGCUGCGGGCAGCUUGCUUUGCCAGGUGAUGUACUCCUUGCUGCUGCUGCCGCUGGACACAGUCCAGCCUCUUCUGAACCAUUUGAUGUCCUUGUUGGAGCACCUGAAUGACCUCAACAGUCUGCUGCCUGAGACGUUCCUGCUGGAGGAGCAGGAGCUGGAAGUGGAGGCUCAGAAAACAUCCUCUGACAAAAGUGAAGAAAGCUCAAACCUUGGAAAGGAGCAGCAGCAGCAGGAGGAGGAGAAGGAGUACAGAUGGGUUUGGAUGCUGGACCUGGAGCGGUCUGUUGCCUUGGCGGUCGGACGCUGCCUCGGCGGGAUGCUGCAAGGCCCGCCGCCUUCACUCCACGAGAAAAUGUCGGCGACGUGGCUAUCCAACGUCCUCCUCAGGAACGGUCUGGAGAUGGACUUCGAGCAGCUUGACUCGAGCAUGGCUUGGCUGACCGAGGUCGUGCUGCUGGGGAACAGCGACGCCCAACAGACGGAGCUAAGUCUCACCGAGGACACCAGGACUUUACUGGAGCUGGCCCUGGGCUCCACCAGGGGCCUCGCAGGCGUCUUGUGGUGGAAGAUGGAGGAGUACGCCCUCAGCAAAGCAGAAUGGGAGAGUGGAGGUUCGUCUGAGGAUUACCUGCUGCCGAUCGUCUGCCGCUGCAGUCUUGCCGCUCUCCUCAAACACACCGGGCUGCAGAAUGAGGCCUGCUGGCAGGACAGGCACGAACCAUCUGAGAUGCUCUUUGAGGUCUAUGAAACCGUCUUUAAACUCAGAAGCUUCCUUUUGGCUCUUAAAAAUGCUCCAAAAAUGUCUCCGAGGCCAGACACCGCCACACAGAACUCUCCACAAAGUCCUGAUGCUGAUGACGAAGAGCCUUGCAUGUCCAUGGAGCAAGCAGGAAAGGAUCACGGUCAGCACCCGGUAGGUUUCUGUCACCGGGAGGUGCAAGUGCCCCCGACUCCGACGGCCAACCACAACCACGAGGAGCUGACCGAAGACGACCGAUUUAACAGCAGUCGUAUGUACCUGUCAGAAGUCCUGGAAUCCUUCAUGGCCACGCGGGAAGCCAUGCAGGUGCAGCAGAACGUGACGGUCUACGAGUCAUUUGGCACCUCCACCCUCCCCAGCAGCAUGGAGAGCCCCGUCAGCCCAGAGAGACAGCCGGAGCCCAGGCAGCAGUGGGAAAGGCGUAGCGAAUCAGAGGAAGGCCUGUCGUUUCCCGCUGCCUGCCAGCUUGUGAUAUCCCGAUGCCUCUUCCUUCUGCUGGGAGUCAGGCCUGCUUGGGUGGAGCCCAGCGAAGGGGAAGAUGAUCAAGCUGCGAACCCUGCUGCAAGGAGGUUAUCAUCAGAGUCUUUUACAGUAGCUCUGACUGGGAGGAAGCAAUUUGACCUGUCCAAAAACUCCCCUGGAUGUUCUGGGAAUAAAAUGGGUUUACCUCUGUGUUCCUUGGGCAUAAUGAAAGAAGCUUGGGAUCGCUUACGGCAGUGCAUCAGCCCCGUUGGCGCCAUGUCCCGCUGCAGCGACAACACUUUGCCUAUUCUUCACCAGGUGUUUCAGUUCACCUGUGGAUGCUUGGCCCUUCUACCUUCCUCACCAACCUUGCCUGGAAUACAGAGCUGUGGGCAGGCAGAUCCAAAAUCCAUCACUUUGGCCAUAAUGCACCAGCAACAGCGGGCCGAGAUGCGUCUGCAGGCCUUGUGUCAAAUGUCAACCUUCCUGUCCAAGAUGGAAGAGAAGAACACGCGAUCCUCAGUUCCACCGCACUUUCCUGCGCUGCUGCAGUCUGUGCAGCUCCAGUUUCUGUGUGGAUGCUUUGGCUUGGGAACACAAAUAAUAGGAUCUCACUCAGGAGCCGAUUAUGAGACCCAGCAUUACACGUGCGGCACAAAUGCAGCUUCUACGGAGACGAAGCGAGCGCUCAAAUCUGCAGCCCAUACCUUUUACCAGCAAGUGGUGCAUAUCCUCAAACUGAGAGUCCAGUUGGAAAAGGACCAUCCAGGCUCGUCCCAGCACCUCCUCCUUGCCACCAUUUUUGCACUGAAUUUCUGCUACCAGCCUGUGGAUCUGGUGCUGAUCAUCAAAUGUGGCAUCCUGGAAGUCCUCUCCAUGUUGACCAACAACAGCUGUUCACUGAUGAACCAGGGCUGGUUGGCUGCUUCUACCUCUGGAUCCAUGCUGCUCAGCGGGGCGGUCAAACUAGCCUGUGCCCGCCUGCUUCAGAUACUGACUGUAGCUGCGAGCUCCUGUGAGGAUUUUCUGCCUUUGGACGUUUCCCAGGCUCUAAUGGAGGUGAUGGGCGAGCAGCUUUUAAAUGUCCUGCAGAAUCUCCACCAACAACAGAUAGGAGAGAGAUUAGCGGCCGGGGGAGCCGAUCUGGACGCCAACAGCAGGAGCGCAAAACUUGAGAGCAGUAAGGUGACUGAAUCUCAGCUUGCGGAUUUGUUGGUGUUUCUGCGGCGGGUAUUGUCAAUGAGAGUAAUGAAAAGACUUUCCACCUUUGUUAAAUGGAUCGAACCACUCAUGGCUAUUAUUUCACCCAAGUGCUCUUCAGGGUUUCCAUGCUUCCAGAAUCUGCGCACUAAGCUCUUGGCCUUCCAUGUUUUAGAAAGACUUUUACCUGCUUGCUCUGAGCCAGUUCAGAUUCAGCAGAUUGUCGAGCAACUCUUCCAGCUUUUGUCUGUUUACAUGUGGGAGGAGCCACAUGCAGAGCGAAACUACGAGGAGACGAUUGAAAAAGAGGCCGGGAGUCCUGGCAACUUUGAUGAAUGUAUCCCCAUCGGAGAUUUUUCCUUCGACCCAGACAAGAUAGUCUGCUGUUCUUUGGAGAGUGGCAACAUCCUGUCCCACGGUUCAGUUGGAAAAGGUUAUGGCCUGGCAACCACCGGCAUUACCUCUGGAUGUUUCAUUUGGAAGUUUUACAUUACCAAAGAGAACCGAGGAAAUGAGGGCACGUGCAUCGGUGUUUCACGCUGGCCCGUCCGAGACCACAACCACCAUACCACCACUGACAUGUGGUUGUAUCGGGCUUACAGUGGCAACCUGUACCACGGAGGGGAGCUGGUCCGUACGCUUCCCUCCUUCACCCAGGGCGACACCAUCACCUGCGUCCUGGACAUGGAGGCCCAUACUAUAUCUUUUGCAAAGAAUGAUAAGGAGCCAAAGCUGGCCUUUGAGGGCGUAGUUGCCUCUGAACUGUACCCUUGUGUUUUGUUCUACAGCAGUAAUCCUGGAGAGAAGGUGGCUCUGCGUGACCUGCAGAUGAGAGGCAUGCCCAGUAAUCUGCUGCCUGGAGAGCCUCUCUGCAGCCCCCGGACCACCGUGCUGCUGGAGGCAACGGUGCAGCUCCUACGCCGGCUGCAUCAGUGUGAUCAGUGGUCCUCCCACAUCAACCAACACGUUCAUUCCCGCUUGGAGCUCAUCGGUGCCAUCCUGAGAGAAGACGACUCAGGGAGCUUUAAAGGCUUAGGCCUCAGUCCCCCCCAGACUGAGACGGAAGACACUAAAGAAGACAAAGACAUAACUGGUGAAGACAAUGGGAAAUUCGCGGCCCAUCACCAGACCCUGUCGGAGGCCAAGCUGACUGCUCUUUGCGUGGAAGUGUGGCCUGUGCUGGCCGUGAUUGGAGGGGUCGACAGUGGCCUCCGUGCUGGGGGUCUGUGCCUGCACAAGCCGAGCGGCCGCAGGGCUAUCAUGCUCGGGGUCCUGAAAAAAGGAAGCUCUCUGGCUAAGCUGCAAUGGGAGGAAACGGAUUUCUCCAUCAGCGACACUCCCAUCAUCUCACUGGAGCCGUGCGACGUGUCCUGCUGCGACGUCUCGCGCCUCGGAGGAGUAAAGCCGGCGGUGUUGUUGGAUUUGAUAUAUUUGAUGAGGCUCCUGGAGGAAGAGGGUUGGCAGGGGGCGUACCUGCCUCCCAGGAGGAAACACUCCGAGGAGAUGCUAAAGGAGGAGGAGAAACAGUGCUGCCCGGAGGAGGAGUGUUCAGAGGGCGGGGCGUGGCUGUCUGAAAAUGAAAGGAAGAAGUCGAAGGAGCAGAAGGUCGAUGCAGACUUAUCUCCAUCGCUAAACCCUCCGACAAAGGCAGCUGACCCCGAGGAGUUGUCCUGCCCAGCGCAACCUUUCCAAACGUCUCAGACGUCGAAAAUGGACGCGUUUGCACUUGAAAUGAGAGCCGUCAAGAUCUCAUACCUCCUUGUCGGAGGCUUAAAAUGCCUGACUGUUUUUUUCACCUGCGAAAGGCUGUCAGAUCUGCUCCUGGUGUCCAAGCACGAUCCUCCGAAUUCCCCCGUGGUUUCUUUGCACAGCCCCAUCCCUGACCAGGCCAAGGCGAAGAGCAAACAGUGGGACGAGCACGCCGAGCUUAGGUCGGUGCUGCAGUACGUAGUCCAGAGCAUGGUGAAGUGGGCGGUGAGGCCCUGUCCUAUCAAGCAGCCCGUGUCGCUCGCUGAUUUGGAGAGAGCUCAAGUCAUGAUAUACAAAGGAGCCCUGAGCAGACUGCAGGACGAAAAAGAACACAAAGAAUCCGGGCGCCACUUGUCUUCUCAGUCCAUCUCCAAGUCCUCCAGCUCAGUGUCGUUGUACAGCGCAGGCUCAGAAGGCACUGCCAUCUUCGGCCAAUCAAACAGAGUCUCUGCCUCCUCUUCCAGUAACGACCUGGCAUCCUCUUUGCCAACAAACCUGCAGGCCGAGGGACUUGAAAAUUUCAACCCUUUCCUUCCUAUCAGCCUCCUCCAGCAUGUGUUGCUAACUCGGUUCCCCACACUUACGGGCCUGGAUAGCGCCCCCCCCUUGCUGUCCCCGUGCUUCAGCUUUGCGAGCGCUGCUGCGUGUGAUGCCUUCACAGAGCAGCAGACCAGCUUCAUGGAGCCUGGUCCCUGCAGCACACAGGCCAGAAGCAGCCUGGAACGGACACAAAUGUUUGUCACCAGUCGUUUGCUAGAAAUGGGAUUCACUAUGAGACAUAUCUACUGGGCCAUGGAGGCAGCAGAUGUAGCGGGUGACUUGGAUUCUCAAACCAUCGAGGUCCUGGCUAGCUGGAUGUUAGAGCACCCCCUGACUGACGAGCACCAGGCGGCGGAGUCGCCCCGACUGGAGGGAGCCCCCGAAACCCCGUCCCCCGAGGGGCCGGAGACGGUGCAAUGUCCUGAAAGGCCCACCAACCAAACAAGUGAAAGCCUGUUGCCGGGCCUCGACUGGAUACAGAGGGAGAACUUCUUGGACGUCCACCUCACGAGGAACAGGCCUCCUCCUGCGCGGCGGCGGCGCUCAGGACCUACACAGAGGACGUCCUUCAGACGACCAGACUUGCCGCCACCCAGCCCGCUGCCACAGCUCCACACAGCCGUGGGCGACUGGCCGGAGCAUGUGGACUUCCAUCCUUUCUCUGCUGAGGAGGAGUCAGAGCUGAGUUACAUGGAUGACCUUUACCAUGAAGAGGCUUAUGAGGACCUCCUCACCCCUUCGUUCUUCAGUUUGGAGAGAGACACACUUCAGAUUGUGGAGGCUGGGGAAGAGCACAGUCAGAUGGUGAAAUGUGAGCUGUGCAACACCUUCACCCUGCAGUUCAACAAUCACAUAAAGCGACGACAUCCAGGCUGUGGACAAAGUGCGGCCCGUAAGGGCUACGACAGCACCGGCGCCUACGUGGACGUUUGGUUCAAAGGGGAGUGUGGCUCCAAUUUCCCCUUCUACCUCCUCUGCAGCUCCUGCAGGGAAAAGUAUCUGGCUGCUAAUGCAAGUGAUCCAAAUUCGAAAUAUGAAAGGAUCAAAGGUCUGACUUCGGAUUUGAUUGGCCAAAUGGACAACACUUCAGAUGACGAGUGGGAAAUGAGCCACCAAGCUGAGGAGGAUGCAGAUAAACUGACAGGAUUGGAGGAUUUUGGGCUCCUGCUGAGACCACUGGGGCUGACUGAGAAAAAGCUGGUCCCCGAUCCGAUUGUCUUUGCCGAACCAGAUCCUCUUGGCGCUCUAGUUUACAGCUCAUCCUGUCCAACAAGGGUAGCUUCUAAAGGGCACAAGACCAGCACUUCACAGGAGGAGGAAAACACAGAUGGAAUGGCUUAA